ACGGAAGAUUCUUGGGUUCAAACAAAGUGUUUUUGUCUUAUUGGAGGGUUUUUCGUGGAAUUCCAUGUCAGAAGCUGUCCAAGUUGUACGUUGUUCUAAUUAAAUAAUCUACGCAUGAUGAUAGCAUCGUGUUGUGUUGAGAGAAAUUAAGGUAGAAGAAAAAAGUUGAUGGGGGAGACUCAGACGAGAAGCGUACCGACGAUCGAUCUACAAGAUUUUCCGGCGGAAUAUAAGAAAUUGAGAGAAGCAAGCGAGGAAUGGGGAUGUUUUAGAAUAGUUAACCAUAAGAUUCCACUGACGCUGAUGUGGGAGAUGAAGCAAGUGGUUAGAUGUCUUUUGGAGCUUCCUGUAGAAAUUAAACAGCGCAACACAGAUGUGAUAGCCGGCAGCGGCUAUAUGCCCCUCACCCAACUCAAUCCUCUUUACGAGGCGGUGGGUCUUUAUGAUGUGACCUCAUCUCAAGCUGUUGAUACCUUUUGUUCUCAGUUAGAUGCCUCUCCUCACCAGAGACAGAUAAUAAAGAUGUAUGCACAAGCAAUACGUGAACUGGCUGUGGAUAUAGCGGAAAAGUUGGCUGAAAGUAUGUGGUUGAUUGGUAACGUGUUUCAGGGUUGGCCUUGCCAGUUUAGAAUAAACAAGUAUCACUUCACUUCCCAAACUGUAGGCUCCUCUGGGGUACAAAUACAUACAGAUUCAGGUUUCCUUACCAUACUUCAAGAUGAUGAAAAUGUGGGUGGUCUUGAAGUGAUAGACAAAUCUGGUGCAUUCAUAGCAGUUGACCCCUCGCCAGGCACCCUCCUUGUCAACCUUGGAGACAUUGCUACGGCAUGGAGUAAUGGAAGGUUCUAUAACGUGAAGCAUAGAGUACAAUGUAAAGAAGCUAGAAUUCGUGUAUCAAUUGCUAUAUUCCUCUUGGGACCAGUGGAGGGAGCAGUGGAAGCCCCAACAGAACUUGUGGACUCAGAGCACCCGCGUCUCUAUUUACCAAUUAUUUAUGAAGAUUAUAGGAAGCUCCGGGCCUCCAAAAAACUUCAGGCUGGUGAAGCUCUUGCUCUUUUACGUUCUCACUCCUGAAUUAACAAGCAAAGUCUAUUGCAAGCUUUUGGAAAUCAUCUCUUGAAAUAAACGAGUUGUCAUUGGUGUUAGUAAUUAAACUACAAGUCGGGUCUCCUCUCCUGUCUCUGUCUCUGUUGAUUAAAAUCUUUUUUAUUUUUUAUUUUAUUGAAGAAUAUAGAGUUUUAAUGCUUAGGGUAAAUAAAUCAAACCCCUGCCUGGUUUCUCAUUAUGUAGAUGUGACGUAAAGUAAGGGUAGUGCCAACCCAGUUCAACGAUUAAAAAAA